GCCACCAAAUGCAAUCUUGUGCCUUAUUCACCGAGGUUUGAGUGGGUUGUAUUGCUCACAGCUCAGAAUAUCAUUUUGCAUGGCACAUAAGUCAGCAAUUAUGAAGACUUUGAAAAGCCUACUGUUUUAUGGAUGUCUGGCUGUGCUGAUGCUGUUCAGGGCGCAUAUCUCAUGUUCCGAGGUUGAAAACCGUUCUGCUUCUGAUAUGUGUACAACACACACAAUUUUACCAGGACCCAAAGGUGAUAUUGGUGAAAAAGGAGAUAUUGGAGAACUAGGAAAGCAAGGAAAAGAAGGGCCAAGGGGUCUUAAAGGAGUUAAAGGAGAAAAGGGUAAUGCUGGUGGACAAGGGUUCAUGGGUAAAAUUGGUCCAAUUGGUCCAAAAGGUGAUAUGGGCUACACAGGCUUAUCUGGGAACCCAGGAGGAAAAGGAAAAACAGGCAGCUUUUGUGACUGUGGAAGAUACCGUAAAGUAGUGGGACAGUUGGACCUCAGUGUUGCCCGUCUCAAAUCAUCUUUACAAUUUGUUAAAAAUGUGAUUGCCGGCAUCAGGGAAACAGAUGAUAAAUACUACUAUAUCGUGAAAGAGGAACAUAAUUACCGUGAUGCUCAGACCCAGUGCAGAAUCAGAGGAGGGACGUUGGCAAUGCCAAAAGAUCAGGCCACCAACUCUCUGAUUGCGGACUACAUCUCAAACAUGGGUCUGUUCAGGGUUUUUAUAGGAAUAAAUGACCUGGAGAAAGAAAAGCAAUUUAUGUAUAUAGACAAUACACCUUUACAAGGAUUCAGCAGCUGGAAAGAUGGUGAACCGAAUGAUGCUUCAGGAUUUGAGGACUGUGUUGAAAUGCUUAGUACUGGGGUUUGGAAUGACGUAGAAUGUAAUCUGACAAUCUAUUUUGUUUGCGAGUUUAUAAAAAAAGACAAAAUAUCAAAGAUUAACUGAAAAAAGGUAUAAACGUGUCCUCUGUGCUUUAUAACAUCAUGACGGUUUCCAGUUAUUCCAUAUAUAAUUGUAAUCAGUUUAGGAAAAUCAUAUUUAAUCCAUAGAGCUAUAACCGUGUGUAUCAGAAUAUGAC